AUGAAGGGUAGUAGAAAGCCGGCUGGAGGAGCCAAGCAAGCCGAGAAGCAGGAUGGCAAGAAGAAACCGAAGGCUGCGCUUCCGCAAACGGCGGCUCAGAAGCCUGUUGAGAACAAGAAAUUGGCGUCAGCGCUUGCAUCGCAUCUGCAGAGCUUGUACAAGGGAGAAGGAGUGCUGGUGGUAGAGGACGAUAAACGCAUCAUUUUCUACUGCACUUUGUGCGACGUAUGGGCUUACCAUGAUGCGAGCCUGAUCGACCAUAUACAUGGGAAGAAGCACAAGCGGAAACAGGCGGAAGCUACACCGCUCACCUCACCACCGUCCAGCGUCACCGGGAGUCCGCCUUGGGAAAAAACCUCCAAGUUGACGCCACCGUGGAAGCUCGUUGGGGAAGGAAAAAACGCCGCCGUGUCUUCUUCCUCCAAGCGUAAAGCGCCUCAUUCCAGUGAUGUCGUCAAGUCUGCUGGUGGUGGCUCCAAGCGCCAAAAAAGAGCCAAUGGUCAAGAUGUUGCAGUUACUGGCGUUGAGGGGGGUGCACCUGAUAUUGUUCCGGAAACAGAAGAAGAAUCGGAUGAGCCAAGCCGACCUGAGGACUUCGCUCUCGCGUUGUUCAAGUUCACGAAUCUGAUUGGUCGCCGAGGGAAGUGGGAGAAGCAGCUGCUGAAAUGGUCCGAUGGUGGUCCUGGUGAGAAGAACAGCCAGAAGGAGGAGCUACCGCUGCUGGCAGAUGUUCCCACUGAACAUCCAGAGGAGCUCAAGAAGCAACCGGAAGAAGGCAACAAUAAGGAUGUUCUCCAAGAUGACGAUGAUGGUAACAGGGAGAAGGAACCGAAAGGCACGUCUGCUGCUGAGCCACAUUGCACAGAAAAGCCAACUGAAGUCAAUGCGGAUGUGCAAGAAGCACGUGGAGCUUGCAGUGGCGACGACUCAACUGCCAUUCCUGGGCCUCACGAGGCCGCAUCUGGAAGAGCUGAAGACGACCCAGCUGUGAACGCACCUGCGGCUGCGGCUCCAGUGCCAGAAGCAGGGGUCGAUGCCUCUGGAGACGCCACAGCACCAGCUGCAGUGCCAGCGAAGAGACGGAAAGGAGGUCUGGGAGCCGGUGCAGGGGCGUCGGCAACAAGAGUGUGCUUCCUGUGCCAGCUACCUAUGACGGAAGGGCAGGUGGUUGGCGCCCUGUGGAAUGCACGCUUGAAACAAUUUGCCUGCAGCAGCAGGAACCGACACAAGAAGUUCCACAUAUUCCACUCGCACUGCAUAGAGGACUGGGUGGUCUUCUGCUCCGCGGUCGCCAGCACCAGUGUGCCGCCCGCCCUGUGCUGCCCGCUCGAAGCGGACGUGGCGCACCUCCUCUCCUCCAUGCACCGCCACCACAAGGCACACACGCCUUCCCUGAGGCCAAGCCAUCGCGCCAGUGGCGCUGCAACACCUGCUGCCGCUGCUGCUGCUGGCAGGGUCACAGGUGCUGCUGCUGCUACUGCUGCUGAGGCUGGCGGUAAUGCUCCUGUGUCUGCCAGUGCUGCUGCUGCUGAGGCAAUUGGGAUUGACCGGCAAGGAGAUGCUCUUCAGUCCAAUGCGCCUGAGCCUGUGAGACAGGGUGCGGAUGCUGAUGUGAGCAGUGCAAGCAGUGACGAGCUUCAUUCCGACGCAUGGGCGUGGGCUGGCAUUCCAGACGCUAUCCACUCCUCCGCCACCGCUGCUGCUGUUGCAACCUCUGCCCUGGCUGCUGCUGCUGCCACAGGGCCAGUGUCCAGUGAGGAUGCAGCAGUGGUGGCCAUCGUGGCAACAGCUGCUGCCUCGGCUGCAGCGUCCCUCCUGGCCCCACCUUCUGCACCUAUCCUCGCACCUGCUGCGGCACACUCUCUGGGCAAGCGCACCUCAUCUGACACUGCAGCACAGAAGCCAGGCAAGCAGAACGGUAACGCGCCUGCAGCAGCGCCUGUACCAGCGUCUGGAGCAGCUGGAGCUUCCAGCACGGGCGUGCCGGGUAAAGGGGCAGAAUUAGAGGCAGCGGUGGCAGCAGAAGGAGCAGUGCCAGCAGCAGCAGCAGCGCCUGAGGGCGCAGAGGCGCUGGAGGGAGCGAAGCUGCUGCCGCUGACUGAGGUGUUCUGCCCGGAAUGCCAGGGCACAGGGCGCUACGGUCCUCAAAACGCCCUGGAGCACCCCCGCUACGGCCUUGCUCAGGUGUUUGACUGGAUCGUGGCCAUGAUGGUGGCGCGGCACAAGGCAACCAUUGCACAGAAAGGGAGCGCAGCGAGCAGUGGAGAGGAUGAGGACGGUGGUGUGGCAGGAGAAGAGAAGACAGAAAUGGGUGUGGCGGACGAGGGAGAUGCCACUAUGGCAGACGCUGAGGGUGCACCAGAGGGCGGCGAGAAGGCAUCAGAGGAGGGAGAAGCGGCACGAGAGGGGGGUGAAGGGACACCAGAGGGCAGGGAUGGUGUGGAGAGUUCAGCUGGCAAGGAGGCGGAGAAGGGCUUGUGUGAUGAGAGGGAGGAGACAGCAGCCGAGGCUGCUCAUCCUCCUCCUGCACCCACUCCCUCUCAGGGCGGUCACACUACAGCAGGCACUGGCGGAUCCCUUCCUGGAAACGAUGCAGGCAUGCAUGACACGGGUGCUGGCAGCAGCACAGGUCUGGUUCCUGGCAGCGUGCAGGGCAGCAGUCCCGUGGAGAGCGCAGCAGCGAGGGGGUCAGAGGGAGGUGCAGCAGCAUCGUGCCGUCUGCGCUUUGCAGACCAAACUGUACAGAAGUGGGAGUUGGAGCAGCAGGAGGGGGACGAUGCACCGGGGCAACAGGGGCAGAGCCACGGGCAGGGGCGGGAGGGAGCAUGUCAGGACCAGGACUCCGUUCGGAACGCGUUCGACCUGCAAAUUCUGGACAUGAAUUUCGACGUGUGCUCGCAGAACCUCCCCGCCGGCCUUUCCUUCGAUAUCCGCCACUCCUACCCCACCCUCCAACCGUGCCCCACUCUUCAAGCUUUCCCUAACCUUCAAGCGUGCCCCACCCUUCAGACCCCGCACGCAGCUCCCUUUCUUGGCGGUAAUCCGUAUCCCCUCGCGUUUAACGUGCAGUCCGCGUCGUCUUUCCAGUCCCACAACGCCGCGCCCUUUCUGUCCGAAAACCAGCACGAGUUUCCCGUUUCCAGCGCACGUCAAUGCGGACGGAUUCCGUUAGAGCCGCCAGUAACAGAGAACAAUAACAGCAGCAACAGCAACAGCAACAAUGAGAAUACUGAUAACUACGGCGAGAACUCGUCCGGCCCUCCGUCGCGGAGCGCGUUCGACCUCCAAACCCCCAACAUGAACUUCGAUGCCCCAUGCGACGCUCCGUGCGACGCUCCGUGUGACGCUGCGACGCGCAUGAUCCGGCUGCCGUACGACCUGCAUCCGCCGGACAUCAACCUGCCGCUCCCCCUCCCCAUGUCCAUGUCUAUGUCCAUGUGCCUCGACCUCGAUCUCGACGCCGCCUCUCCCGCACACCACCCCGUUGCUGCCUCUCACCCCGCCAAUGCCGCGCAUCCAGCUCAUCCCACUGAUCCCACUGACGCUGGUGCAGCGGCCGCUACAAAUGCUCCUCCUCCUGGUGUUGGUGCUCCUUCUGCUGCUGCAAUUGACGGUGCGGUUGGUGGGGAGAGUGGCAUUGGUGGGGGUGGACGGGACGAUGGGAGUGGCGCGGAGGAAAAUGGAGGCCACAACGGGGCUGGCGCGGAGAGGGAGCAGUGCGGAACGGGAAUGGGAGAGCACGGUAGGGGUGGCGAGCUUGGCGGAAACGGCGAGCUUGGGGCAGCUUGCGCGGGGAUCCUGAGGACUUUCCAGCAGGGCGCAGGGAGUGGGUCCGCGGAGGGCGCCGGGGGGACGGAAAGGGAGGAACCAGGUGCUGAUGCUGACAGGGAUAGUGGCGGAGAUGGUGGAGGAGAUACUGGAGGGGAUACUGGGGGGGAUGUUGGCGGAAUGGCCCUCUGGUGGGAUGUAGGUCCGGCGCCGAACCUAGACAUUGAAAUAGCUCCGGUUGGUGCCCCGGCAACCAGGUUCGCACCGAGGCUGAUCUUCAGCCUUGACAGCCACCCUCCGUCCUCCACCGCUCCUCCUGCUGCUGCUGCUGCUCCUGUUGCUGUUGCUGCACUGACUGCAGACGCCAGAGAGCCUAUACCCUCCAGGCCCACCGUUCUCUCCAGAUCUGGCGAUCUCAGGGAGAAUGGGUCGCCCACAGGGGCUGCGGAGGGUGUGGCGGGCAGCAGCUCCGCGUGCACUCACGCAACCAGCACGUGCCACGUGGUGCUUCCAAGUGGGGGCAGCCUGCAGCAGCGGCAGCAGCAGCAGCAGCAGCAGCAGGAGCAGCAGCAGCAGCGGCAGCGGCAGCAGGUGCAACUGGGUGCAGGAGCAGACGCCAAUAGGAACGUGCGUGCUCGUGUAGCAGCGGCAGCAAGGGACGUGGACACGUGUCAUGCUGCAAUUGGCCGCUGUGACGGCACUGGCGGUAGUGGCGGCACACUGCGUGCCGCUCCCACUGGUGUCGCUGCUCUUACUGCUACUCCCACGGGUAGCGCCGCCGUCGGCCGCAGCAGCAGUGGCAUCCCGAGGCGGUACAGUGCACGGGAGGACCGAGUGUGGGGCGCACACUUCUUCUUCUCCCACUACUACGCCUCCACCCUCUCCCAACAGGUGCGCUCUAUCCUUGCCCAGAGCUCCUUCUGCGCCUUACCCCACUUUCUCAUGGCCGUUGAACCUUCGUCCACCCCUUCUCAUGCGGAGAGGCCUCGUCGGGGCGAGGAGGCGUUCAUGGUGCAGCACGAUGUGGAGAAUGCGUACAUGUGGGCGCUCAGUGUGCGGCCAGAGCAUGCACUGGGCAAGAUGCAGCUGCGCUCAUUCAUCAACGGCAACUCCAGGGUGGACGAGCCGUGCUUCCCCUUCCCCGAGAAGGCUGGCUUCCUGCGAACGCACCGCCUACAGCGGCGGCGCUACAAGGGGCUCGCCAACCCUCUCUGCAUCCACGGCAUCGUGCCCCUCCCCACCCCCGACCUCUCUGCUGUGCCUCCGCAUUCCCGCACGCGCUGGGAGGAGAUAACUGGUCGACCCCUGGGCUUCGCACUCUCGCCCCAUGCGCAUGACUACACGCUCUGGCGCUCCCUGCUGCCGCCUCCUACCCUGCCAAGCCACGCCCUUGCCAUGUGCGCUGGUGCAUGGAAUGCUGAGUGCGCUGGUGGGGUGGCUGCUGCUGCUGCUGCGGAGGCAGCGCCAGUGGUUGUUGAGGGGACAGGGGAGACAGUGGAGGGCGGGUGGACAGGGGAAGCUAGGGGCACGCAGGGAGGUGCACAGGGGGCCUUGCAGGGGGGCGUGGAAGGGGACGUGCAGGGGAGCAUGCAGUGGGUGGUGGAGUCGGGAGGGCUUCAGGGCACGAGGAUGAGACAGAUGCAGGGGAGGCAGCAGCAGCAGCAGCAGCAGCAGCAGCAGCAGCAGCGGAGGAGGCAGCAGGGGAGGGAGCUUCAGCAGCAGCAGCAAGAGGAGCAGCGAUCACCUCAGCGGGGAAUGCAGCAGCAGCGGCGGCAGCAGCAGCAGGGAGCACAGGAGGUGGUACAUUCAGAGCAGCUAUUGGCUACUGACAGGCUGAACGAGCAAGGCCUUUCUGCCACGCCUGCCACCGUUGCCACUUCAAGUCGGGUGCAGGCUGGCUUAUGCGAGCAGCCACUGAGGGACUUGUCUCCUCAAGGCAUGCAGCACAGGGGAAAAGGCCAGCAGCAGUGUGACAGGGAUGCUUUAGCAGGCUGGCAGGGGAACUGCGUGGAGAUGGAGGGAGAGGAGCGGAUUGGGGGCAGGCAAGGUGGUGCGGAGGCGAAUGGAGGAGGAGCAGAGGAAGAAAUUUUGCGGCAUAGGAGAGUCACUAUGAGGCAGCAGGUGCAGGCAGCACAGACGGAGGGGCAGCAAGUGUGCUCUAGAGGCUUGUUCCUGCAACCAAGCAUUCCACCCACACAGGGCAUGAGUGCAUCCCCCGCUCCCGUGCUUGCUUCGGAGCAUGCUGGUGCCUCCUCCCAGCUGAAUGCGUCAGUGCACACGGGUACAUCUCCCCAUCCAUGCCCGCAGCCACCUGUGUUUACAUCUGGCCGGCGGAGACGGACAGACGACCCGCUUCUGGGUGGCAUAAGCAAGCGGGCCAUACCUGCUGCCGCUACUGCCAUGCUUGACGACGCUGCUGCUCAGCUUCGUUCGGCUGUUGGGAUCGAUCAUAGCAGAGGGAUGGCAGGAGGUAUGGCAGACGGUAUGGCAAGAGGUUUGGCAGGAGGUACGGCAGGAGGUAUGCGUGCUUCCAACGCAGCAGUGAACAGUGCUUCGGCUGCUGCUGGUCAGGCUGGAGUGGCUGCAGAGGAGAGGGACCGGGCAAGCAGCGCGGGAGGUGGGGCAGAUGAGUCAAAUGCAGCUAUGAGAACAGGUUUGUGCCAAGGCGUGGCAGCCGCACACGCGCAGCAGCAGCAACUGUGGCAACAGCAGCAGCAGCAGCAGCAGCAGCAGCAGCAGCAGCAGUCCCACCCCAAUCUGAGCCCUCUAAAUCUGAGCCGCAGCCAGCAUGUGAACGGGGGCAGAGGGAGCCGCGGGCAAGAGGGGAGGAGAAGUGGAAACGGGAGUAUGCCGAACGGAGUGAGUGUUGCUGGCGACAGCUUAGGAGCAGGAGGAAGGGCGGGCAGGGUGGUGGGCGAGGGGAUGCCUCGGCAGCAGGGUGGGGGAGUGGGCAUCAGGGAGGAGGAGGGAGGAGAAGAGGGAGCAGGUGCAUUAAUGGAGGCAGCAGGAGCAAGUGGGGUUGUGGCCAGAGUAUUGGACCCAGGGCCUGAGCUUGCCACAGCAGCCAUGGGAUGGAGAGGAGGGGCAUCAGGCACACUUGCACAGGCUGUGGGUCCACCCACGUGCGCGUGCACGCUGUACGAGGAUGCAUCAGCCUACCUGCUGCUGGUAUCACUGCCCCACUGCGACCUCUCCCGCCUCCGAGUCACGUGGCGCAACGCCGGUGCUGCUGGGAUAGUCAAGAUCUCCUGUGCUGCCAUCUUCCCCCCGCCAUCCGUAUCUCGCUCCGGCCGCACGUUCCGCCACGUGUCGCGCUCCCAUUGGCCGGGGGAGCACUGCCCCGUUGGCCCGUUUGAACGGGAGGUGCAGCUGCCUCAGCGCAUACCAGAGAAUGCUGAUGUGGCAGCCAGUGCGUCAGCAGACGGGUCCGGUAUCGAGCUGCUGGUGCCGAAGCUGAUGGCAGUCACAGAGGAGCGUGAGGUUCGGGUGCUUCUUCCGGGCCUGCAACGAACCUGA